AUGGAGCUUCUGGGAACAGUCCUCCUCCGAAGUGACAAUGGUCAGCUGAUGCUCGUAUCACAAGAAGAUCUGGCUCGAGCUCAGGCCCAAGUCCAGGUACAAGGGAAUGGAAGCAUAAGAGCUCCCGCACCUACAUGUACACCUGCAGUGCAGAUAUCCGCUGUGCAGACGUCUUCACCACAGAUAAAGCAUGUGGUGGUGACCAGUGUCAGGAUGCCAAGUCAGCCUUCGUGCCCUACUGUAUCAGUUGUGCGGAUGCCAGCAGUUGUCCAUCCACAUGUAACAACUGUACCUGUUACCGUUACACCAGUUUUGAGUACAAAACUAGCAUCAUCUGCACAGUCUUACACCCAGAAGAUCACAUUUACAAGGGAAGGAGGACCAUCAGGAACAGUUUCUACCCCAAAAAUCAUUGUAGCAUCAGCAGAUGUGGUGGCAAAGUCUGGAUCACUUAGUUCCCAAAGUGCUACUUUUACAAGAACAGAUGAGCCUUUGACCAGAACCCUUAUCAGCCCAAAGGGUUUGAUAACAUCAGCUGAUGGAGCAAAAUCUGGAGCUGGGCUGUCUCAGAAAAUCACAUUGCCUGGAGCAGAUGGAAUAAAACCUGGAUCCACUGUCACACCAAAGAUUUUUGUUGCAACUACAGAUGGGUCUAAGCUGCCUUCAGCAGUUUCUCAAAAAAUAAUUUUCUCAGGAAGCAGUGGAAAAUUAUCUAGUUCCAUAGUCGCACCUGGCAUCUUUGUAUCAACAGCAGAUGGUUCAAGACAGUCAUCAACCAUCCCGCAAAAGUUCACUUUUUCCGGAACUGUUGGAAGCUUAUCAGGCUCGGUUGUUGCUCCCAAAAUAUUAGUCGCAACAACAGAUGGAACAAAACCAUCAUCUGCUCCUCAAAAGCUGAGUCUUUCAGGAACUAGUGGAAAUAUUUCUGGACAGAUUAUUGCAUCAAAGUUUUUUGUUUCAGCAACACCUGGAACCAAACCUGCAUCAGCCAUUUCACAAAAUGUUACUUUAACAGCAACCAGUGGAGGUUUAUCUACCUCUAGUACCCAGCCAAAGAUUUUCAUUGCAACAACAGAGGGAGCAAAAUGUUUUUCUGGAGUUACCCAAAAUAUAUCUUUGCCUGGAAUAGGAAGAAGCAGUUCUGGAACUACUGUCAGCCCAAAGAUAUUUGUAACAGCAGAAGGAAGACAGUCUGGUUUGGCUGUGAAUCAGAAUAUCAGUAUAGCAGGCACUGAAGGUUUAUCUUCUGUUCCAGCUGUUGCCCAAAACAUUACUGUAGCAACAUCGGGUAGCACAACACCUGGAAAGGGUAUUUCCCAAAAUGUUACCCUAGCAGGUGCAGAAGACUCUUCCUUAAAAGUUACUGUCACCAAAAAUUUGACUUCAUUGACUGAAGAAGGAACUGCACAUAGCUUUGUUGCACAGACUACAGCUUCAUGCAAGGAUAAGAAUAUUUAUGACUCUAAAGUGGGUAUGAAAGUAUAUGCAGCCUCAGCAGAUGCAGUGAAACCUGAGUCGGUUGUGAUUCAGGGUUCUUCAGCAGAGAAUUCUGGUAUUUCACCUUCAUCGGGUGUUGCCCAGAAAAUCACAGUAACAGAUGAGCUCAAACACAAAGAUUCCCUUAUUCAAAAGUUUCCUGUGACAGGAACUGAUGGGACUUUGGUUGCAGAUGGUGUGGGAUCCACACUUACACAGAAAGAUCAGUCUGUUGAAGCUAAACCGAUGCCUGUAAACACGAAGGCCACUGCUGAAACAAGCACAGCAGUGUCAGCUACUCAGACCACUCACCCUCAGGAGGUAUUGGAGAAUGUCAAGAAAUGUAGAAAUUUCCUUGCUACGCUAAUUAAGCUGGCAUCCAGUGGAUCUCAGUCUGCUAACAUGGCUCAGAAUGUAAAGAACCUCGUGCAGAAUCUUUUGGAAGCAAAAAUUGAACCAGAAGAUUUUACCAGCAAACUAUACACAGAACUCAAAUCCUCACCACAACCAUUUCUUGUGCCUUUUCUCAAGAGAAGUUUACCUGCAUUGCGACAACUUACACCCAGCUUUCAGGGUUUCAUGCAGCAGUGUGUACAGCAUCAAACUCAACCUAAGACAACUGGAACUGUCUCAGUAUCUUCAUCUGGAACAGGAACCACACAGCUGGUAAUCAAACAACCUGGUGGGGCCAUCCUAGUGAACCAGCUUCAACAGCCAAAUAUAACUAUUACCCAGCAAACAAAACCCAAACAAACUCUUGAAGCAAGUCAGACGAAAACUGUACCCAUCGUUCAUCAAAUUGUGCCAAAUUCUCAGGGUUUCAUUCAGCAAUGUGUUCCGCAACCAGCCUCAUCACAAACCUCAGGAACUAUUCUGGUCCCAGGGUCUGGAUUAACAAAACCACAGCUCAUCAUUAAACAGCCAACCAAGACUGCCAUUCCAAAUGGGCUUCACACACCAAGUAUAGAUCUUGCACAGCAGUCAAAAGCAAGACCAACUCUUAAACUAAGUCAGGUGGGUGCUCAACAUCCCAGACCUUUAUGUCCUCGGGUGAUGACACUACCUCAGUCUGUCCUAACUAUCCAAAAGCCUUCUGCCAUACAGACCACAGCAGCUUCUUCUGUUAAGCAAAUUACUAUCCAAGGAAAUAAAACAUCAUCCUUUCCUGCAUGUGCAACUGAGAAUAAUAAAGUAAAGGAAGAUGGAGCAACUUCUUUUAGGUAUCAAAGAAACUACCUGGCUAAACCAAAUUCCUUUGUCUGCUGGGAUCAGAAACCAUCUCAGAAGGACAGGAAACAGUCCAGGAAAAGACUACCUAAUGGGACUACCAAAUAUUCCAAGUCUGGAAAACCUUUUCCAGACAGAGAUGAAGAUGACAUUAACGAUGUCACCUUCAUGGCAGGGGUCAACCUGAGUGAAGAAAGUGCUCGCAUCUUAGCUACAAACUCGAACCUUGUUGGUACAACUAUAAGGUCCUGCACAGAAGAGCCUUUCCUUUCCAUAACAUCUCUGCAAAAGAAAAUAUUAGAAAUGGGUAAAAAACAUGACAUUACUGAAGUGAACUCUGAUGUAAUGAACUUAGUUUCUUGUGCUACAGCAGAGCGAUUGCGUGCACUAGUAGAGAAAGUAACAGCAGUGGCUCAACAUCGAAUGAUAUCGUAUAAGGAUGAUGACAAAUAUGUCCUGACCAGUGACACUAAAGCUCAGCUAAAGUUUUUUGAGCAGCUUGAUCAUGUUGAGAAGCAACGAAGAGAAGAGGAAGAAAAGGAAAUGUUGCUGAGAGCAGCCAAAAGCCGCACUAACAAAGAAGAUCCAGAACAUCUAAGGUUAAAACAGAAAGCCAAAGAGAUGCAGCAGUUGGAAAUGGCACAGAUUCAGCAAAGAGAUGCAAAUUUAGCAGCUCUGGCAGCCAUUGGACCAAGAAAGAAAAGAUCACUGGAAUUUCUAAAUCAGGUAGUAAGACAGAGAUAA